AAACGCAGGGGGCGCCGCGCGGCGCAGUGGUGGCGCCGGCACAGGAAUUUCGGGCGAUUUGGGGUCAAGGUCGGUGACCAGUGGGCAAAGUGGGCGUGGCCGCGAGUGGGCCAGUGGAGAGCGCCAAGUGGAGAGCAGAAAGGCCGCAGCCGCCGUCGCAGCUGGAGCAGCAAAUGUGCUGAGCGAGAUCUCGUCUCGAGCCGAAAACGCACCGACCGACAGACCGACCACCAGCUGCUCUGCUUUCUCCAUGCGAUGCGCCUCAUGCAUGUGCAGCUCGUCCUCCUGACGCUGUGGGCGUUAGGGGACUCGCUGAUCGUGGCGGCGCCGGCCAAGGACAGCAAGCAAACGAAGCUGCUGGUGCUGCUGACGGCGGCUCCGGCGGCGCCGCACGCAGCCGCGGCGGCGAUCGUGGCGCAGCACGUGCUGCCGGCGGCCGUGUCGACGACGUCGCUGCGGCACGUGCACAACGCUGCGGAGACGACGCACACGAUGACCGAGAUCCACCACCACGCGUUGCCGCACCCAGCCUCCUCUGUGAACGGCCACUCGCUGGGCUACGGCGGUGGCACGCCACUCGUCGCCCUGCAUGCCAACCUCUAUACUUUGCACGUCGGCGGCUUUGGCGUUGGUCUGCACGUCGGUGGCCACGGACACGGCCACGGCUACUUCGCUCUCAUCUGACGCACGAGCGUGUGAUUUUUUAGUGAUCUGAUCGGAUUGUGCAAACCGAAAGUGAGAUUGUGAUUCUACUUGUAAAAUGCUGCUGAACACUGGCUUGGCAAAAUUAGUCAAAUCGCCUGCUUUGAUUGAUUUUUUGACCAUCAAAGAAGCACUGGAAUUUCAAUUUUGACAGAACCAAUAGACUCCUGAGGAUUGAAUUAAGCUAGGUAGACGAAUAACUCAACUAGUUCAUCAAUCUGGUGAAAAUUCGUGACAAAAAUCUGUGGAAAUAACGUGAUAAACCAGAAAACCAAUCAGAGAACGGAAAGGUUUUCUUAUCGACGGCAGCGACACAGUGACAAAAGUCUGGCUGUUAGUUGCUCUGGCUGUUGAUGUGUCGCUGCCAUCGCUACGCCAAACAGCCAAUCAGAGGACCUCUCCUUUCUCUCAUUGUUCGCCAUUCUUCUGGACUUUAUACUAGUUUCAAAAAAGAAGUAACGGUUUUUUACAUUUCCACCAAUUUUCGGCAUUGCAUCAGUGCAAUUCGGUUGCCCAACCGAAUUCGACCCUAAGGAAUCGACUGAAAGUGUCAAAAAGUAAAUUCCAGCGCUACUUUAAUAUGAGCUCUACCCAGAGAUCAAUUCCUUAUAGGACCUUCCAAUCCUAAAAUUGUUGAAAGUUCUAAUGUUUUUACUUGGAUUUAUACUGAUUAAUUUAAUUAAAGGCUGAGUGUUCCCCCAGUAAAAACACCCAAGAAAAGUAGCGAUACACGAUCGAUUUCCAUCUCUCUUUCUUGAGGUGUGUCGUUCUUUUUCCUGGGUGUUUCCCGCCUUUAAGCCCCGGUCUGAGUGAUACUGUGUAAAAUUUUAAGAUUAAUUUCAAAUCUCGAAUUUUUCCAAGCCAUGGUUAAAUUGUCAUCCUCUCAUUUGUCACCAUCCGAAAUUUCACCCUAUCAGCUAUACAUAUAACACGCUUAUUUCCCCACUCCCUGGCCCCCAAUGCUUUUAUUGUCAUCGACCUUCUUCCUUUAUUAAAAGUAUAGAAAAAGAGAGUGAAGUGUGUUUUGAGCGUGAAAUCCUCGCCGGCGGGUGUUGCGAGGAAUUCGACUACUAAUUUAUUUCUGUGUAACUGCAUGCUGAUUCAUUGUUUCAUUGAUCGACUUUUAGCCAAAAACCAUUUAGUAGUGUGUUGUAAAUAAAUAGAUUUAGACUGUUAGCGCUUAAAUUGAUCAAUAAAUUUAACUUCUUGUUAAGAGCAGAAGAAAAAAAACA